ACUCAGCAUUCAGUCGAGUCGAACGACGCUGACGGUAUAGGACAGGCGAGAUGAUCAAAGGCUUAUCAACAAGUCCUUGCAAAUGAAAUAUCCCCCGAUAUACCGAUCUUGGAUUAUACUGUGACUUGGCUCCUCUUCAGGGAUGGAGUGGCGAAAUGUAGUUCCGGAUUCUCCAAGCAAAAAAAGUGACGCGUAACAAUAAAUCUUCGUGUGGGAUAUCUUUAGUAAUUUAACAAAAGCAACACCUGUAAUUAGCUUAUAUUAUAAUUUGGAUACUUCAGUAUUGUAAGAUCGGGAAUAGUACAGGACAAGGCCUUGCUCUUACGGAUUUAUAACAGGAGCGCGAUGGAGUCCGUGGUAACAACAACGUUCUUCACACGAUUAUUCUUAGUAUCUGUGAUAAUUGUCAUGUUCUACCCAAACGUCGGAACCUCGCAAAAUGACGACCAGCUUACGACCGGAAGUACGAUAUUUUACAACGUCAACAAGAAUGGAACAGAGAUACAAGAAAUAUGGAACGCAUCGGAGGAAUACGCGACAGCGUUUCCAAGUUUCGUGUCGUCUGCUACGACUGUUGGACAAAUUGAGAGGAGUUGGUCAGUGGAGAGAUUCCCCAAUCCUUUGAUACAGCCACAUGAAUGUGGUAUGAAGAAAAGACAGUUUGUUUGUGAUCCUGAUCACGUCUUAAAUGAUCUAGAAGUUGCCCGGAUCAUGAACAUCACCCUCGGCAUUCGUUUCAACAUCGAUUACUGCGCGUGUAAGGCUGGCUGUCCCAAAGGUAUGAAGGGGUACGCCUUCUCGGUGGCCGUGGUUAAACAAAUCAAAUACAAAAACAGGAUUCCUAAGACCACAAAGGAGAAGUCCAUAGCUAUCCAAUAUUUCGGCGACUACCUCCGCGCCAAGAAGUGGAAGUUUGGCUAUUGUGAUAAUGAUGGAGUUGUUGUGCUGGUGACAGACGAUAAAAUGAUCUACACCUCGCUUGGCUGGUGGGCCAUCGUCCGUAUUAUUCCGCCUCAGAUCUGCAUCGCUAAUGCCACGGCAGCUGCUGACAAAUACGUCCAACAAGGAAAAUACGGCCAGGCUAUCAUCGCAAUCCUGGAACAUUAUCACAAGUACCUCCGCCAUGGCAACUGCGAGGAAGAUAUCUUGAGACCAGAAGAGGAUUCUGGGAACUACUCUGACCCAGUUGUCUGGAUUCUGAUUGGCUGCAUCGUCAUCGUGUUUGUGCUCCUGCUCAUAUUGGUUAUUGUAUUCAAACCGAAGAAAGACGACAGUGAAACCACAGCACUCCGUACGAGUUUCGACGAGGGUCAUUCUAAUGAUGCUUUCAGUCAGACGUUAGAUAUUUACCCGGACGACAGAGCAUGACCUUCAACCAGCGCAUGUGCAAGAGAUGCCGGAAGACACGUGACUUUCAGAGAGGAUUACAUCGAUGAAAGCAGUAUCUGGGUCACUGGCUCAGAUGGUCAUGUUGUCGGUGAUGAAAACACUGAGUUCAGAACGACUUGCGCAUGCGCUGCGGGAUCUGAGGUCUUUACGCGAGCUAGUCAGUCUUCACCAACAUUGCAGGAGGAACAAUUUGCACUGACGUCGCAUGAUCCUCAAAUCACGUGAUGAGAUCUAAACUGAGGAAGGGUUCACAAGUAUGAUUGUCCUCACUACGACUUGCGUCGAGGUCUGUGGUUAACUCCGCGGUUUAACGUAUUCCUACCAGAAAAGAUUUCCGGCCAUUAGACAUUAAUACGAUUUUCGAUGAUAAGCGAGAGUUCGGCAACUCCAGGGUGGUCAGUUUUUGCUUCUGACCUUCCACCAGAGGCUCACUGCGACCCACGCUUACCUAUUGGUUGUGCUUCAGGGUAGAUUUACGAGUACGAUUGAGACAAUACACGCAGUGCUUAAUAUACAUAUUUUCACGCAGCACUGCUUCCGAAUAAUGAAGAAAUCUCGUGCGUUGUAUUGUAAGAACGCAAGUGACACGGCUUUGUAACCACCUUGUUUUGUUGCGGAUUGGAGGCUUACGUUAUCUGGGGGCUGUGAACGUGCGCUGGGACGUAGAGGCAAUUCGUUAGCGUUUUUUAAUCUCAAAUAUGCGUCAAUAUGGACGGGCCGUCGCGAUUGUGAAACCGUCGAGAACUUUGUGCGACGGGACUUGCAUGCAUGCCGAUGUUGUUUGCCAAUCUUUGGUGACAAAGCUUAAAUGGACUGUUUCUUCCUAUACAACCGCGGCAUCGAGUAUUUGGGCAGCCUACGAUGGAGGAACUAAAUAAUUCCUUCGAUAUUGUGCAUACAACAAAUGGUAACGAUAAAUACUUUCCUAUUUAACCGUUUAACAACUUUCAAAUGGUGAAAUAGUGACGCCGUUGUCCCGUAGCUCUACUACUAGAUUAUACGAUAGACUCUCUGCACCAUCCUGUUCUACAUGACUACUAGCGUGACGUCAAACUACAGGUAUCGGGCUAGAAUUACAUGUAGGCGAAUUGUGUAUAUUUUGUAAAUUACUCAAAUUCUACUUUAAAAUAUAUUUCCGUACGCGUUUAGUUAUAGCAUCAGUGAUUAUCUAUGUACAU